AUGAAGGCACAGGCCCGGGUCUUGCUGCUGGCCCUCUGCCUGCACCCUGCCUUGACCUCCCGCCUGGCCCUCCAGCUCGAGGGAUCCGAGGCGGAGCCCGGUCCCGUGAAAGUCACGCACGCACAUCGCGGGUCUGGGAGAAAAGCCUUUCCGGCGGCGAGAUUCGUGCGCGGGAAUCUGGAGGGGAGGCGCCGUGCCUGGGGCACGCUUCGCGCACAGGCCAGGGAUGCUGGGGCGCGGCCGGGCCGGGCGCCCGCCGGUGCCAGCGCACCGCUUGGCCCCGCGGCCGGCCGAGCGGGGCGUCUGCUGGCGCCUCUCGGGGAAGGCGCCCCGAACCGCAGCGCCGCGCCCCGCGUGGCCCCCGCUCCGACGUGGCGGCCGUCCUGCGCGCCGCCCGCCCCCGCCCCCGGCACGCCGCCGCCUUCCCGUCGAAGCCCCCGGCCCGUGGGCGUCCAGGCCGAGCGCUCUGGGCGCCCGCGCCUGCGUCCCGCCCCGGCCCCGCCACCCGGGCAGCGCGCCGCCCCGAGGCACCCGUCCCUCUGGGGCCGUGGCCCGGCGCCGGCUUGCUCAGAGCCCACGGGGGCGCCCUCGGCUGCCCGGCCUCCCGCCAGGCCCCACGCCGGGCCCACCCGCGCCGCGGCCACCCGCUCCCACCCAGGGCCCCCGCGUGCGCCGUCACCGCGAGAGACAGCGCCUCUCUGUCUGUCGCCCCUGGCCACUCCCCCGCCCCACCCCCACUCGGGCCAGACCCAGACCCCGCACCCCACCCCAACUUGGGCCAGGCCCAGACCCCCCACUCCCCCCUACUCGGGCCAGACCCAGAACCCCCACCCCACCCCACUCCACUCAGUGACCGAGGCACACACAGGGGUCUUCUUGAACACUUUAUUGACUCAAGGUGACCGUGCCCGGGGCGGCGGGCAGGCCGGGGCUGCCGGGGCCCCCCUGCCCUGGGGAACGGGGCCUCAGGUGUCGCUGGGCGGCUAG